AUUUAGGCUGAUAAGCUGAGUUUUGAUAAGUGUAACAGCCGUGGAUACAGUCAUAUUAAACACAUUUACCUCCUUAUUUGCGUAGGCACAGCGCAGUAAAAACGUCAACCGCACCCCCUUCAGAUUCUGUCAUCAACUCACCUCGAGUACUUGCAAAGGACUCAGGGUGAGUCUUUAAGACGUGUUAAAACGGUUGCUAUGAACAACACUGUUUUGUUCCUCUUAUGCAGCAUUGGUCAAAGUGCACCAGGAGGCAAGGGGAACAUUUUCUCAAGCGCAACAUCCCAACAACAGGACUUCCAAACAGAGGAGGAAAACACUGAGAGCAGCGUGGACUUCAGCGGAGAUGAAGAUAGGGGUUCAGAAGGCAACGAGGACUCAGACCCAGAUUAUAAACCGCACAAGCAAACAAGAAAAGAGAAAACCAGCUGUGACAAGAGUGGUAUUCAAAGUGUGGAACAUACUAAAGGGGAAUCUGAGGACAACACAGAAUGUAGAAGUGAGAACGAUCCGGCUUUGGAAAAAGAUGACAACUUGAACCUGGAUCCUGACCUGCAGACAUCUUUAAAAAUAAGAAACAAAGGAUGUUGGAAGAGGAGUGAUGGAGAAGAAAAGUCGUGCAAAGUUUGUGGGGUCACCUACAGACAGUUAGGAGGGUUGUUCAAACAUAUCUGGAGCCAUUCCUCUAACCCUCAGAAUGUUUGUGGAGCCUGCGGAGAGAAGUUUGAGUCUGAGGAAAAGUUGAAAGAGCAUUUCCAAAGUUACAAAAAGCCUUACAACUGUCCACAUUGUGGGAAGUCCUUUUUCUCCAAAGAUGGCCUGAAGCAACACAUAACAAAGCACACAGGCGAUAACUUGUUUAAAUGUAAUGUUUGUAAUAAAACCUUUUCACAGAAAGGUUUGCUGAACCAGCACCAAUGGGUCCAUGUAGAAAAUAAACCCCACAAGUGUGAUUUGUGUCCCCAGUCCUUUGGUCUGGAGUCGCAUCUCCGAGCUCACAGGAAACGGCAUGCGAGCAAAGAUGUUUACAAAUGCAAGAUAUGCAGUAAGUCAUUGGGCGACCGCCGAUCUCUGGCCCAGCACACGUUGACCCACUCAGACGAGCGACCCUACUGUUGCCAAACGUGCGGGAAGCGCUUUAAAUCGAAUGUUGGACUAAAAGUACACAAGAUGACCCACACAGUGAGAGAUCGGCCUUUCCUCUGCCAUGUGUGCUGCAAGACAUUUCCAACCAAGCAAACCCUGAAGUGCCACAUCAGAACUCACAGCAGCGAGAAGCUGUUUGUCUGUACAGUGUGCGGUAAAGGCUUCACGUUUAGUGGAAACCUCAAAAUACACAUGAGGGUCCACACAGGAGAGACGCCCUACAAAUGCAACGAGUGCGGACGCCGCUUUAAAUCCAAGACUCACCUUACCCAGCACAUGAAGACCCAUUCAGGCAUUAAAGAUUUCAUCUGUGGUAUUUGUGGCAAAGGUUCUUCUAAACCGGAACAUCUAAAAAUUCACAUGAGAACCCACACUGGAGAGAGACCCUACAAGUGCUCUCUUUGUGACAAAGCCUUCACCCAGAGCCACUGCCUGAAAACACACAUGAAGACUCACCAGACUGAAGAGUCGCCCUCGCUCCCUCCUGCUACUGAAGAUGGUUCAGAAAGUCUGAAAUGAAGGACAGACCUUAUUCUGAUUUACAUUCCUACUUUAGAUCAGUGUUUGUAUUCCACCUUUUUGAAAUUCUGAGUUAAAUUUGGAUGUUGUAGAAGCAAAAAGGAAUAAACUCCUUAACCAAAA